AUGAUCUCGACCCCCCGCACGCCGGUCCGGAAUGGGAGGGAUUUGGAGCUCAUAAUCGACAAUCUGAACCAGCAAUUCUCGCUGGACAUUCCGAACCCGCGAAAUGCCUCACCGUCCCAUCUGCCGCGCGCCGAGGGGUCCGCGCGGUGGAGCGUGUAUAAGGGCCUGAGGCUGCUUUUCUAUAAUCGGAAUGUCGACCUAGGGAGAGUCAUCAACGACUUCGACGACUGGGUGCAGUCGCGGUCGAUUGCGCUGCCCCAUAUGCCUGGCCACGCGGGUGGCGCGCGAAGAGCGGCGUUAAUGGAUGACGGUCGGAAUGACGUCUCCUCGUCGGAAAAGGAGGAACGGCUAGUCUAUCUGAAAGAUCUGUUGGACAACGAGCUGUAUCUCGCGAAUGGGUCUUUCAAGUUGACGGAAAGUACUCGUGCCCGCCAAGUCCAGGACGCGACAGAGCUUUCUCGCCCUCUGAAGCGGCCGUAUUCGGACGAGGAGGAGGAGGAUGGCUUCCAUACUGCGCCUACAUCCCCUGUCAAGGAGGCUUGUGUCAAGGGGCCCCCAUCGCCUGCCAAGUUGACAGAUAAAAUGACAGGACUACUUGGGAAGCCGUCGUUAUGUCAAGAGACAACCUGUGCUGAGCCUGUAAAGGCGCACUCCAAAUUCGUCGAGAGGUUGAUUGCCCCGAGCACCACUCGGCGCUACGAAUCUGUCACGUCUGCAUCAAGCCGUCCCGAGUUCAGCUUCCGAUCAGACAGCACCUCAUUCGACACGCGUACCAGCCGAAUGGAAACAUCGUUCACCUCGAUGGUGACAGACCUUACCGAACCAAUGGAAGAUACCGAUUCGUUGGACGGCGAAUCCAUCGCGGCCCAUAUGCUCAACCCGGAAGUGAAUGGUAUUCUUGAUGGACCAAGCUUCUGCGAAGAGGUAGGAGAGGCGCGCUACUCUGUCGAGGGUGAGAUCAUGAAUGAGCUGAUGCAGCAUGGACCAUUCACCAUUGAGCACUCCUUAUCUGGCUCGGUGCGUCUACGUUACCGAUACGAGCUGGAGCGGAUCGGCCGUGCCUGGAAUGUCCCCUUGAACCGUAUGCUGGUAGGAAGCACUAUCGGAUUUAAUAGUCGUGACGAAUUCUGGACGUGGAUAGAGGGCCAUAACCAGCGUAAUGGGAAACCGCUACCGGAGAAGCCUUCUAUCAAGGCAUGGGACGCCGCAGUGGAAGAGUUCAAGACGAGCAAAACCUCGGAAGUAGUUGUUCUCACGGGCGAUUUGGACUGGUGCAGUCCGCCUGAACCGGGUAUCUUAAAGCUGAAGCUCAAUCCCCUCAAGACAGACAGGACUUGUCGGCUCCACCGGCGAUUUGGAUCAGACCGGUUCCUGAGUUUGACGAUACCCGCCCCGACACGGCCUCCCCGUCAUCUCCGACUCCCCCAAAAUCCUACGUUGUUGCGCGAGAGCAUUGGCAUAUGGCUGACUCAGGGAGUCCAUCGCUGCUUGGGUCGCACGUGGAAACCUUUCUUUGUAGAAGAAGCCAAGCCGAAGAACAAGAAAAAAGCCGGGGAGCCGCGGUUUCGAGUUGACUUCUUUGCCAUCGAUGGGAUUGAUUUCGACCACCGUAGUCCACGUCCGCCGCUUGUCGCACCGCCCUGUCAAGCAAGCGACAAACAUACAGAGAUGAGCCUCGAGGCGCUUAUUGAAUGGCAUUUGUGUCUGGAUGAUAAUAUGGGACAGUCAAACUGCAAGCUGUUCCAGAGAACAUCACUAGGCUUGUCUAAAACAUUCGAAACGGUUAAGUUGACUCCGAACCAGAUAAUCCAUCUCAAAGACGAGCCGGGACGUCCGGUGAUGAAUGACGGUUGCGCACUUAUGUCGCGUGGGUUGGCGAAGAAAAUCUGUGUUAUCCUGGGAAUCACCGGGAGUAUUCCUAGUGCCUUCCAAGGACGGAUUGCCGGGGCCAAAGGGCUCUGGAUGGUUGACAAGCAUGAUUCUGACGUCUCCGAGGAGGAUAUUUGGCUGCAAAUCUCGGAUUCACAACUGAAGAUCAAACCACAUCCCGCCGAGUGGAAAACGCUCAUCGACCCGGAGAAACUGACUUUUGAAGUGGUCAAAUGGUCGAAGCCACUUCAUCCUGUGAGUCUGAAUAUCCAGCUUUUGGCCAUUUUGGAGCGUGGAGGCCCAGUCCGAGAGCGGAUCGCCGAGCUCACUCGUGCCGGAAUGCAGUCCAUAUGGAAGGACUUUGCCGAGGUACUCGAACGAAACUGCCCUAUUCUUUGUCGCAGUCUUAUACAGAAGACCAAGCCACCGGGCGAGCAAGACCGGCGGAUGGAAGACUGGGCGGCCAGUAACUCUGAAUGCGUAAUCCGGCUUUGUGAGGCCGGUUUUAAACCCCGGAGUUUUCGAUACCUGCGUCACCGGCUCAGGAAUUGCCUUCGCGAGUUGUUGGAGCGAUACGAGAAUGAAUUGCACAUUGAGGUCCCCUUGUCUACCUAUGCUUUCUGUAUUGCCGACCCGUACGGCGUGCUGAAACCGGAUGAGGUUCACUUCGGAUUCUCGAGCAAUUGGCGCGAUCCGCAGGGUCAAUUCGAGGACAAUUUACUGGACGGGAUGGAUGUCCUGGUGGCUCGAGUGCCCGCGCACUUCCCAUCGGACAUUCAACGGGUACGAGCGGUAUGGAAACCAGAGCUACGCCAUUUCAAGGACGUGAUCGUGUUCCCCACUACGGGUGAUGUGCCCCUGGCACACAAGCUCUCGGGUGGCGACUAUGACGGCGAUACGCCGUGGGUUUGUUGGGAUCAGGAGAUCGUGCAGAACUUCCAGAACUCUGAUCUGCCUCGGGAGUAUCCACCAGAGCAUUUCGGCCUAACGAACCACUCGGUGCCAAUGCGGGACAUCCAGUCCGUGGAUGAAUUUUUGCAGAGUGCAAUUACAUACAACUUGACCUUGUCCAGCUUGGGUAAGUGCACCAUCGAGCACGAACGGCUGGCAUAUGAUGAGUCGAUUGGCUCGCCCAAUGCCAUGAAGCUUGCUAGUCUUCUGAGUCAUCUCGUGGAUGCCCGAAAAGCUGGCACGCACCAUUCGGAGCAGGCAUGGCACGAGUUUCGCAAGCAAGUCAGCCCUCGGGCACGGGAAUUGCCUGCUUACAAGAAUCCCCAGAGGCGACCCGAACGCAAGAACAUCGUGGACUACCUGCUGUUUGAAGUGGUCAAGAAGGAAAAGAGAACGGUCCUCUCACAGUGGGAAAAGGCCUACCCGCAACUGAGUAGUGAUCGCGAUGACGAUCUCUGUCAGCCGUGGAUCGAGGCACAGGAGCAGGCCAACCUGGAUAAGGAGGUGGGUGGACAGCUCCAUACGGUGCUGAAAGAGAUCCGAAGUCAAAUCGAAGACAUCCAUCGGCAAUGGGGCGGGUGCUUCGAUGGCAAAUCCGAUGAAACUCCAAGCUUCUCUUCCGAGGCCCAGGAGACGGCUGAGCGUGCGAGAGCGAUACCGCCACCGACGGGAGAUCACCCGUUGAUCCAUGUGUGGCAACAUCAACCCGAUACCUGGAAGCAACUCCUGGCAUCAUGUGCGUACAAGAAGUACCCGUUUUCGAAACUCGCCCUGCAUGCCUAUGGAGAAGCGAUAUGUCAGAUCAAAACCAGUACGCUGCCGAACCGCAUGGUGACGCAUGACAUCUUAGCGACUUAUCGGGUGAACCCGAAGGCGGUUUCCCGGCUGACUGCUACUGACGGUGCGGCGGAGGAGAGUGAAGCGGAAAGCGAGUAUGAAGGGCAGGAAGAGAUCGAAGCGGUAUUAUGGUAUGGAUCGCAGGGGACGGGGGUGAAAGGAGGGUAUCUCGACCCGAACGAUCGGUGGAGUGUUGAGUAA